UUUCACACUUUUCCUUGAUAACUAUGUCUUCAACCACCAAGAAGAUCACUCUCAAGAGUUCCGACAACGAAACCUUUGAGGUUCCCGAGGCGGUGGCACUUGAAUCGCAGACGAUCAAGUACAUGAUCGAGGACGAUUGUACCGACAACGGAAUUCCAGUUCCUAACGUGACCGGUCAGAUAUUGGCGAAGGUGAUAGAAUACUGUAAGAAGCAUGUUGAUGCCGCGAGUUCCGAUGAAAAACCAUCCGAAGAUGAUCUUAAGAAUUGGGAUGCUGAAUUCGUAAAGGUUGAUCAGGCUACGCUUUUCGGUCUCAUUCUUGCUGCAAAUUACUUGAAUAUCAAGAGUCUACUGGAUCUUACCUGCCAGACUGUGGCGGACAUGAUCAAAGGGAAGACGCCGGAGGAAAUUCGAAAGACUUUUAAUAUCAAGAAUGAUUUCACUUCGGAGGAAGAGGAAGAAAUUCGUAGGGAAAAUCAAUGGGCAUUUGAAUGAAUCAUAUUUGUGGCUGCAACG